ACUUGAACCCGAGCCGGACCGAGCACGGGAAUUUUCCUAAAGGGUGGGCUGUUUCCGUUACCAAUCUCCCGACUUGCCAUAAUAAGUCAUAUAUCCCAAUUUAUUCCGACAAGUAGAGAUCUUACCUAACUCAACAAACAAAAGCAAGGGCGAACUACUAAUGAUCGCAUCAGUUCUCAGACGAAUCAGCCUCUCGCCUUCGCUUUCACUCCCACCGGUCCUUUCCGCUUCUCUAAUGGACUCGCCGGCGCAGCCCUCCUGUCAGAGGCUCCUCGCCCUGGCCCAGCAGCUCCGCCUCUACAGGCCACCGCCCUCGCUCGACGACGACUCCGAGGAGCAGCGGAUCGAGGAGGCCGCCGGGAAGGUCGUGUCCCAGGUGGGGAUCCCGGAGUCGCAGACGGCGAUCGCCAGGGACCCGGAGAGGUUCCGGCCCAAGAGGGCGGCCGUGCUGAUCUGUCUCUUCGAAGGGGACGCCGGGGAUUUGCGGGUCAUCCUUACGAAGAGGUCCUCGAGAUUGUCCACUCACUCCGGGGAAGUUUCAUUGCCUGGUGGGAAAUCGGAUCCCAAUGAUAAAGAUGAUGCGGAGACAGCUACGAGGGAAGCAAAGGAGGAAAUUGGGUUGGAUCCGUCCCUUGUGAAUGUCGUGACUGUGAUGGAGCCGUUCUUGUCCAAGUACCUAUUGAGAGUAGUGCCUGUGAUAGGCAUCCUCACCAAUAAGAAAGCAUUCAAUCCUUCUCCAAAUCCUUCAGAAGUCGAUAAAGUGUUUGAUGCCCCCUUGGAGAUGUUUCUCAAGGAUGAAAACCAGAGGUCUGAAGGGAGAGAGUGGAUGGGAGAUAAGUAUAUGUUACAUUUCUUUAAUUACGAGGUUGAGGGUGAGAAGUACUUGAUUUGGGGCCUCACAGCAUGGAUCUUGAUCAAGGCUGCAAUGAUUGUGUUUGAGAGACCCCCAGCUUUUCCUGAGCAGAUCCCGAAAUUUAAGUAUCCUAGAAUUGUUGCAAAAGACACUACAAUGCCUUAGAAAUUUUUGUACUCCAGAGCGUUCGUCAUGACCUUACAGUAGAAAAAGGGCGGGGGCUAUAAUUUGAUUGACGAAGAUGUGUAGAUGUUAUCAUAAACAAGUCCUAGAGUCUAUUGUGAAAAAAUGUUUCUGUUAGGUGCCCUCGUUAAAGUUGCCUUCUCAGUUUCUGAAUUGUAAAGGGAAUAAGCAUCAGUAAUACCUUUGCCAAGGAUAAUUCUUUGUGGGACGAUAUGGCGAGGGAAUUGAUCUUCAUGAUUUUGAGGAAUUGGCCUCAUAGAAAAUGAGUGGCGUCUUUCUUUACCCUUUAAAGAUGCCUGUCUUCAACGGUGGGUAUAUUCUGAGACGAUGUUGGUGUCUUCUGUUAUCUCCUAUCCAUUUUUUGCUGUUAAGUGGGGGUGGAUUGAUGUACAGAAGAAGUGAACUAGGAAAAUUGUGAUGUCGAAACCUGGAUGAAUUCUUGUUAGUAUGGUGAUUGAGACCUUGGCAAAGUGUAAUUUCAGUCAUACUUUGGCAUUUAUUUAAAAUAAACAAAUUCAUUUCGUCUUU